AUGUUUAUUUUCAUACUUUUUAUUUUCCAGGCUUGCAAACAAGUGAAUGCUUUGGCAAAAUUACGUGAAAACAAGCUUGUUGAUAAACUUUGGAGAGAAUUUUCAAUUGUGCAGCAUCAUGAUGCAAUUACAGGGACUGCCAAACAGCAAGUUGACAAUGAUUACAGAAAGAGAUUAGCUGAAGGAAUUGAAAGCUGUCAGACUGUGAUGGGAGAUGCCUACAAAAAAUGGCUGCGAACCAAGGGUAAUCUUGAACAUUAUUUUUGUAACCAGUUGAACAUAAGUUAUUGCAAAGUUAUAGAGACAUACUCUGAGUUUUUGAUCACCUUAUACAAUCCAUUAGCUCACAAUGUCACACAUUGGAUACGCAUCCCAGUCAUUGCAAGAAAUGCUUUCAAAGUUUUGAAUGUUGAUAAUGAAAAAGUACCAGUGCAGCUCGUUAAAAUCAUGAACAGCACUCAGCAAAUUCCUGAACGUCAAGAUUCCAAGGCAACUCAUGAACUCAUCUUCCGUGCUUAUCUUCCUGCACUUGGUUAUACCACUUACUUUGUUAGAAAUACCAAAAAACCGGUGUCAUCACAGUUGUCAGUUGAGUCCAAACUAAGCCAUACAAACAAAAUAAUUUCAAAUCAGUUUAUUGAAAUGGAAUUUAGCCACUGGACUGGUCUGCCAGUUCGUCUGACCAACAAGCACAAGCAAAUCACAACCACAUUCCAACAGAGUUUAAUGUAUUACAAAUCAGCUUUGAACUAUGACCAACCAUCAGGACCCUACAUCUUCCGACCAGAGGAUAACAGACCAAAUGUAUUCAAUUUCAAUGCCACUGAUGUGACCAUUUUCACUGGUCCAUUGGUUACUGAAGUCUAUUUGGAAUAUUCGUCUUGGGCCAAACAGGUUUUAAGAUUAUACAAUGACUCCAUAACAGUUGAAAUGGAAUGGACAGUUGGACCAAUACCACUGGACAAUUAUCAAGGAAAGGAAGUAAUUACAGAUUAUCUGACAGGACUAAACAAUAAUAGAGAAAUAUUCACUGAUGCCAACAGUCGUCAAAUGAUGCACAGGCGUUACAAUUACCGGCCAUCAUGGAAUUUUAGGAAUACAGAAAAUGUUGCGGGAAAUUAUUACCCAAUCACAAGCCAAGCCUUCAUUAAGGAUGUAUCAAGAGAUGUUCAAUUCACUGUCUUUGUUGACAGAGCUGAGGGUGGAGGCAGCAUAAAAAAUGGUUCCAUAGAAAUUAUGCUCCAUCGUCGAGGAACUAAAGAUGACAUGUUGGGUGUAGGAGAACCUCUGGAUGAGAGAGGGGUGGAUGGAGAUGCUUUAGUUGUUCGGGGUAAGCAUCAGUUACUUCUGGAUACAAAGGAAGCCUCCACUCACUACCACCGCCUGAAGUCAUUGAUGAUUCUAAAUGAACCAAUCAUAUCCUUUAUGAGGGUUAACCGGAAGAUGCGCUCAAAAUUCAACCUUGAGUGGUCAGCAUUGAAAAGAGCCCUACCCCGUGAAAUCAACUUGUUGACCUUUGAAGAAUGGGAAGGCAAAACCUAUUUGAUCCGUCUUGAACACAUCUAUGAGCAACAUGAAGUCAAUUACCCAGUGAAAGUUGAUCUGACGGAUCUGUUUAAGAACAUAAAUAUUGUUCAACUCACAGAGAUGACAUUGGGUGGCAAUAUGGAACUCUCAGAACUCAGUCGCCUUAAAUGGAAGAGUGCAAACCUGGAUAAAGUACAAAAUGAAUAUGCAGACAGAAUUCCACCAAAUGGUCUAGAAAUCACUUUGAAGCCGAUGGAGAUAAGAACAUUUAAGAUUCUGAAAAGUAGGAUCAAGCAGGGACCGUACAAAUUUUCACACAUCCCGAAAACUUGUUUUUCAUUGCUCUCUCUCUCUCUCUCUCUCUCUCUGUCUCUCUCUCUCUGUCUCUCUCUCUCUCUCUAA